AAUAAUAAUAAUAAUAUGAGGCACUUUUACGGCAUAGAUAAGCCACCCGUUUUGCCGUACGCUCCUGGGGACAUUGAGUCCGUCGUUGAGAACGACAAAUGUAAAAUUUAUUGGAACUAUUCGUUCCCCACUACCAGGCAGUUAACAGCCACUAAACCUGACAUCGUUCUCAUCGAUACCUCUGGAUGCACCAUGUAUGUCAUCGAGUUUUCGGCCCCGGCUGAAACCAACAUAGUUGUGAAGGAGGCUGAAAAACUGACCAAGUAUCAAGACCUUGUGUUUGAGCUAAGACAGCUGUACCCAGGAUUCACUGUCAAAUUAGUCGUCCUUAUAAUCGGAGUUCUUGGAGGAGUCAAGUCGUCACUGCUGGCUGACAUCAAGCUCAUUCCGGCAUGCCAGCGUAACGCUGAAGCAUUACUCAGCCGGAUGCAAAAGGCCGUGCUUCUUGGGUCGCUCCGACUACUGCGUGCGCACGACCCCAACUCACUGUAGCCGCCUAUCUCGUGGUUCGAGCCGUGACUACAGUUUCAUCUGGCCUGCAAGCAUCCGAGUUAUGACGGCA